AUGGUAGUAGUUGAUUGUGGAUCCGAGCCAGAUAUUUUUCCUAGCAAUUUAGUACGUUGUGGUGAAAUACCAUUAUGCAAAUAUACACAUUGUUAUAAACAUUACUCAUGUCUUUUAGCAGCCUCAACAUCAUACGUUUAUUACGGUUGCCAGACAGCAGCUGACAAAAAACCAUAUUAUUGUAUUUGUCAAAAUACCUUAAAUAAUAUAAAAUUUCAUAAGAUAAUAGAAAAUCCAUUAAAUUUUAUUGAAAGUGUGAAUGCCAAUAAUAUAAAUUUUACCAAAACUAAUAUUUCUCUUAUAAAUAUGACAUCAAUUGAUAUAGCAAAAAAUAGCACAAAUAUUACAAAGAAUGGAAUUGAAUUAUCUCAUAAUACUGGAGAUAAUAUCAAUGAAAUACUUCAAUCCACUGAAACUACUACAACAAUUGUAACAAUGAAUAAUAAUAUUUCUAAAUCAACAACUUUAAAAGAUAUAAAAUUAUUUAUUGAUGAAAAUUUAUUGCAUAAUAAUAAAGAAAAUACUACUGAAGCUUCUUUGAUUACCUCUGCAUCACCAAUGGAAAAUGAUGGUGGUCUUUCUGGGGGAGCAAUUGCUGGUAUUGUUAUAGCUGUACUUGCUUUACUUUUUAUUAUUACAAUAUUAUUAUUUUUUGGACAUAGGUAUUUAUCAAAAAAAAGAAAAACUCAUGGAGAAUAUCGACCACAGAUGGAAGAAAAUAUACAUGCUAAAGAUUUACCAUACCUACCACCACCAAAUGCAGAAGGAUUAAUAUGA